UUUUUUUGUGCCUUGGAUUGUAUCGCAGCGUGGACGUGUCUUUGGCUUUUAACCUUUGAAGCAAAAACAUCAUGUGAUGAGAACAAGAAGACACAAAAAUACUUAUGGAAAUUAAAAAGCGCCAUUGUGCUUCACUUCCAUUUCCUGUUACAGCAGUACAAAUUAUAAAUCAAACGGAAACAAAUGGAAGGAUCUUUUUGCUCGAUAGAGAAACGGAAUAUCGGGCGAACAAAAAUCGGGCAUGGUUGGGCUGUUGGAAAAAUAUUUGAAUUCUUAAUUGUUCUCAAGAAACGCCAAUGAAUGUUCAAAAGCCAGCAUUGGAUCCCAAUAUGAUCACUUUACAUGGCGCACCUCAGGGAUCUGGCCAGGCUCCUUGCUUUUCCAUAUCCUGUGCUCCAAAUUAGGAUAUUCCCACCUAAAUGUCUUCAAAUGAACAAAACUGACAUUGCCGGAGAGGUUUUAUCUGAUGAACGUUACCAAACUCAUUUGUGAGAAUUGUCAACAAACGUUUUGGUUUUUAAUCAUGAAUUUUAAAUGAAUAUCAUCGUUUGAAAUAGAAAAAAAAAGCCACAUCAUGUUUUAAUUAUGGCGAUACUCUGGUUUUUAUUUUAGCCAGUUUUCUUGGCUUUUGUCAUGUACUAUAUUAAUUGUAUUGAUUUAUUGCCUAUUACACAAACAAGGCAGUUUAAACAUCAAUAGCUAUUUCACAUCGCUCUCAAACGCAACAGAAAUUGUUAAUAAUCCAGAACAAGAAUGCGCUUUUCAGAUGUGCGCCCGCAAACUCUAGUCGCUUUGACCAACCACUUCCUGGAGCUGCAGAUGUGUGACUUUAUCAGGAGGAAAAAAAAACGACAACCCAAUUGCAGAUGCCGUUUUUGAUGUGUUCUAAGUUUGAACAAGUGCUGCUUUCAGAUAUGCUGGGAAAUUCCAUCGUGCAGUGUGCGAUUGCGACGACCGCGUCGCUGGCCUCGCUCAGUUUGCUGAGCCUUCUGUGUCUGAGAUGCAAGAGGAAGCCGAAGACCAUACACGAAGAAGCUCAAAUAUACAACCCGCACACGUUCCAGCGUGGGGGAAGCAGAUUUGCUGUCACGCGAUCCAAAACGGUCAUGAAAGCCAAUCAAAUGACCCUUUCCUCAAAUGAGGGCGCAUGUCCAGCUCUAUACGCGAUAGCGGGGUCACCGCCCAAGAUUUGGGAACAUAUUUAUGUCGAUCCGCUCCCCACCACGGUGUAUGAAAACGAGCAGAUGGCUUCGAGGAUCGGAGAUGCCGAUCCCACCGAGCCUCACUACGUAAACGUGGCCGACGCGGCGCCGACAGACGACGACGCCGACGACUAUGAAAAUUCAGAUUUCCUGGUGCAAAAGGCCUGCGGGCUGGAGAACGAUUUGUUGUACGAGAACCAACAAGAAGCGGAAGGGGACACGCCCCCUUUCCUAUCGGGUCGAGGUCGCCGCCAGGUGUCUGUCGUGAGAGGUCAUCACCCGUGACACCGCAAAGGAUCAGAUUUCACCUCGUGGGGCUGAAAAUUAUUUAUUGACGACAAAUCAUGCAGCUUUGUUCAUCAAACGAGUCUUUACGUUCUAUUUAAUUCAUUGUCAUGACUAUGUUUUGUUUUUUUUAUAAGUUACAGUAUUCUAGCACACCAAAUAAAAAUAUUAUGAACGUUU